AUGCAUCCUCUCAGGAAGGAAGAGACCCUGGCAGGCCUGUUGAAAGCUCUGGUGAGGUCAGCGCUCUUCUUGGGAUGGCCGAGGAGACCCCUAGGUGGCUGGACAGCGACCUUGGAAGCCUGUCUUUCAACACCAAAGGAUCCCAGGGUCCUCCCUGGGACCCACAGGCCGAAGCCAGUCUCUCCCGCCAUGAAGGAGACCCGAAGGCAGAGCCCGCCUCACAAGAAUCUGUGAACCGCCGGGCCCUCCGACAGGAGAGAAGGAAAAUGAUAGAGAAGGACAUCCUCCAGAAAGUCACCCGGGAUGCCUGCGGCCCGGCCAGCAGUGACCAAGGCGGGGUGAAGGAUGCGCCCUGCCACGCUGUGGAGUCAGCUGCCAGAUCCAAAAUGCCCCUUGCGGAGCCUCCGGAGGGACCACCAGUGCUCUCGCUCCAGCAACUUGAAGCGUGGGAUUUGGAUUACAUCCUUCAGAGUCUGGCCGGGCAAGAAGACAACCAGGGAAAUCGUGGACCUGGAACUGUGUGGUGGGCAGCCGACCGCCGCCAAGUUCAAGACCGCACGAUGCCGAGCGCCGACGACAGGCUCAUGGAACAGCUGGCCCUCCUGUGCACCAUGCAGUCCAGGGCCUCUGCUUGUGCCUGGAAGGUGCCUGCCGACACCCCCCAGGACACCGAGGAGGCAGGGGCAGGAAGCAGAUGUUCCUCGAGGAAGCCGGGCUCCGAGGCCGGGCCAGGCCCGCAGCUGGCCCAGGGCAUGAGGCUUAACACAGAGCCCCCCACCAUCUUCAUUGACCUGCGGCAGACGGUGCCACCAGACCACCUGUCCUCAGCAAGCUCCAGCCACAGCUCCUCUGACAGCGAGGAGGAGGAGGAGGAAGUGGAGAUGGCAGCUCUGGGAGACGCAGAGGGGGCAUCUCCUUCCUCCCUGGGGCUACGGAGCUGUACCGGGAAGAGCCAGCUCCUCCAGCAGCUCAGGGCCUUUCGGAAGGGGAUAGCCCAGCCCAAGCUGCCCGCCAACAAGGGGCCUGGUGGCAAGAGGGCUCAGGCCCCGGAAGACACGGCUGCAUCAGGGACUGUGAGGAAGCAACACAUGAAGCUCUGCGCCAAGGGGCAGAGCGCCCAGGCCCGACUCCCAAGAGGCAGGCCCAGGGCCCUGGGGGAUGCUCCUGAGCCAGGGGCAGCCAGGGAGGCCCUGAUGCCUCCCUUGGACCAACUGUAGCUGCCUCAGGAUGUGUCCCGCUGCCUGCCCCAUGGGAAGAACAGAGAAAUCAUCAUCACCUCAGGCCCCACAGCGCCAUGGGCUCAGGCAGCACAGCAGGGUGCCAGGCCUUUGGGCCAGUGUCCCAGCUUCUCCUGGGGUUCACCCCUCGCUGCCAUGUCGCCAAGGAUGGGCAGGGGUCUCUUUGCAUCAAGCCUUGUGCCAGGCAAAAGACAGGCCCUGCCUGGCUGUGGUCACUGGCCGCCAAGAUCAGGGCCACAGACGUCUACUCUCCAGACCCCAUGUGAUCUGGCCACUGGGGAUCCCCACCCAACCCCACUCCCAAUGAUGAGGGGUGUUUUCGUUACAAGUCAAAGGCAAGACAGGCUUCCAUAAAGUCCCAGGAGGUUCCUCCUGCAGGGCACAAGGCCAGGCUGCCUCCCAGCCCUCAGGCCCUCUCCCACCUACAGAGACCCUCCUCUGCCCCUCUGCUCUGGGACAUGCGCACCCAGAACAGG